AAUGUGCACCAAAAAGUGACAUGUGCGUAUUUACAAACGUUACCAACAAAAUGGCGGGAAAGAAUUUCAAAAUUCGAAGAAGAAUGUGCGUUAUACUUUUUUUAUUGGCGCUAAACUUUUGUGGUUGUUCGGAAAUCGAAAAUGACGUUUUGACAUUGCAAGAUAAUUUGGAUUUGAGUGACGAUCCAGCGUCGGACAGACGAAGACCAAUCAACGGUCAGGAAAAGGACAUUUUGUUAUUAGAAGCCUUGUCCACGAGGAAGGCUCCAUAUCAAACUGGAUACAGUACAUCUCAAGAGGAUGAAUCUAUUAUGGAUUUGUUAGGAAAAAUGAUACCCCAAUCCUGUCGCUACCGGGGUGCCCGUUUCUCAUGCGGCCUCAGCAUAUCCUGCGUCCUCAACGGAGGUAAACCCAUGGACCUCUGCUCUGGCGGCAUGAUCUGGGCUUGUUGUAUCGUCAAGGAGACCACCGAACGCCCUACGGAGAUCGCGCCUGUCGUUCACAAUGCUAGUGAUCUUAUCGAACUGAUCGGCUCACUGCCACACGAAACAUUCGACUACCAAACAAACACACCGUACGACGACCCGAUCAUCAUCUACACCGAGGCGAACCGCCCGAAACCGACCUACAACCGCCCGAAACCACCUACAAACCAGUUCAAACCGGAUCAAACCGGUUCGAACUACCCGAAACCGGAUUGGAGCACAAAUUACAAUCAGAACAACUUUUAUCACGUCAAACCAUCUUACCACGAGAGUACUACACAUAUGCCUGAUGACUUUUACACGGAUAAUGUAGGGGUAAAUAAACCGGAAGGGAAUGAUGAUUAUGUUCCUGUACACACGACCAGUCAUAAGCCACAAAGGCCUAGUUUCCCGGGCUGUGGAGAACAUUACACAAGAUCAAACCGCAUAGUUGGUGGUCAUUCCACUGGAUUUGGUUCCCAUCCAUGGCAGGCUGCGCUCAUCAAAUCAGGGUUCCUUAGCAAGAAAUUAGCAUGUGGAGGAGCGUUGAUAUCAGACAGAUGGGUUGUCACUGCUGCGCAUUGUGUUGCUACCACACCCAACUCUCAACUCCGAGUGCGUCUAGGCGAAUGGGAUGUACGAGAUGCAGGCGAGAGGUACUCUCACGAAGAGUAUGCAGUGCAACGGAAAGAGGUCCAUCCCUCAUACGAGCCCUCCGACUUCAGAAAUGACGUGGCUUUGGUUCAACUUGACAGAGACGUUGUAUUCAAGCAGCAUAUUCUACCGGUAUGCCUGCCGCAAAAACAAAUGAAGCUAGUUGGGAAAAUGGCUACCGUUGCGGGGUGGGGACGGACACGACACGGACAGAGCACCGUGCCUUCAGUGUUACAGGAAGUGGAUGUAGAGGUGAUACCGAAUGAGCGUUGUCAGCGUUGGUUCCGAGCUGCGGGCAGAAGAGAAACUAUACAUGACGUGUUCCUUUGUGCUGGAUACAAAGAGGGAGGCCGAGAUUCCUGCCAAGGCGAUUCAGGAGGUCCCUUAACACUGAAGUACCAGGGACGAAGCACCCUCAUAGGACUAGUUUCAUGGGGCAUUGGCUGUGGCCGAGAACAUUUACCCGGAGUUUACACAAACAUACAGAAAUUCGUACCUUGGAUUGAUAAACUUGUCACUACGUAAUUUUUUUUUUGUAAAUUACAGGUAAAAAUGGUUAAAUGAGAAGAAAUGAUAUUACAGGUAAAAAAG